AUGCCUAUUACCACUAUCGGUGUCUCUAAUCUAGCUAGGGAUAAAUCGCCACCUCAACAAGACAGUAAUGAAGCACUCACUUCCAUUCCUGGAUCUAAUAUAGUCUAUGGAAAGCGUGGUACAGAAGAAGGAAUAUUUUAUAAAGAGGGAGAGGGUUACUCACUUAUUCGAGGAAAACGUCUAUUAACUGGUUUUACAUAUUGCCGUGUUGGAAAGGAAUGGAAGAGACAUGAGGAUCUCAUAAUUAAUUCAACCAUUCCCAAAGAAGUCUCACUGUAUGAAAAUGAUCAACUAAUUUACAAAGGUGGGAUUAAGAAUGGCUUGUACCAUGGGCGUGGAACAAUUUACAAAGACGGAAAGCCUGUUUUUGAAGGCCAUUUCGAAAAUGGCAAGAAAUGUGGAGAAGGCUGUGAAUUUGAGGACAACGGAUUAUUUAUAAAAAGAGAAUAUAAGGAUGAUAAGAUUACUGGCAGUUCUUCUGAAGACCAAGAGUAUAGAAAAAGUAUCGAUAAGUUAAAGAAAUCCUUUGAAAAGAAAAAUCCGAAGUUGUAUAUUGCAGAUACCACUUAUUGCGACUUUAUAGUUCAAAGAAAAAGAGAUCCAAGAUUCCAGGAAUCUCCUAUGGUCUUCUAUGGAUAUGUAACAAAAGAAGGAGCUCAUCGAGUUAUCGGAAAGGAAUUCAAGGUUACUGGAUAUGAUCAUUUUGAAGGUAUUUAUGAUGAGCAAGGUAGAUAUUAUUAUGGAACGUUGUGGUGUGAUUCCAAUGUUCGUUUUGAGGGAUCAUUUGAAAAUGGAAGAAUGAAGCACGGAAAGAUCUAUAUAUCGAAGGUUUUGCUGUAUGAAGGGGAUGUUAGCGAGGAUGGUCAGAUGCAUGGACAAGGCCGUUUGUAUUAUACCAGUAAAAUGAAUACUACUCCUUUUGUGCAAUAUGAGGGCUCGUUCCAAAACGGAAAACCGGAAGGAUUUGGGAAGGUGUUCUACAACACGGAAAACGAAGAAGAAAAGAGAAUCAAGUACUGUGGGUAUUUCAAGAAUGGCUUGUUUGAUGGAGAUGGGAUUUACUUCUCCAGAGACUUGAGUUAUUGUUGUGGAACGAGCUACGAAUGGAACAAAGCGGAGACCAAGCCAUUUGGGACGAGAAGUGACAAGAUUGAAGUUGCAGAUAUUAUGAAAGCAUGUAGUACUAUGAGCCAAGCUGAAUUCGAUUCUCUUUCACACAAGUAUAGUAUUGCUGCUACAAAUCCUGAAGGAGGUUGGAAAGAAGGAGAACUUGAUGGACAAGUCAGAAUUACCUCGAAAGAACAUUCUUCUUAUUUGGUAAAGAUGGUUGAUCGCAAGCCGACAUUUGUAUGGGAUAUGAUGAUAGAUAAUAAGAAAUAUACUGGAGAAGUGAUAACCGAUGAUAAAAGUGAUAUUUCUUUAUUAUAUUUCAAAGUUACUUUUACAAGAUACGAUGUCGUAUUUGGUGGAUGGAAAUACUCCGAUAUAAUACGAGAUGAAAGAGGUCAAUUAUCAGGCUCCAUCACUUAUAAUCAGAGAUUAUUGUAUUGUGGAAUGAUCAAGAAUUUUGAACCGAAUGGAGAAGGACAGUUAUUCGAUGAAAAAGGUCAAAAGUAUGUUGACGGUAUUUUUGAUAAUGGAAGAAUGACGCACUGCAGAUUGGAAUAUCAUAAUUAUAAAUAUGAAUUAGAAUCGACAAAUUGGGACUGGAAGAAACCUGAAAGUUGGAAAUUAAGCGGAAACGGAAAAUUGUACACAUUGGUAGAAACUUCUAAACGACCGCUACCUGAGUAUUACCUUGUUUAUGAAGGCGCUAUGGUAAAAGGAAAGAUGGAAGGUAAAGGAAAACAAUAUGAAGGGAAUCCUGGAUUUCAGCAAAUCGAGAAAUGUAAUGCUUAUGAUACAAUCAAAGACGGAGAGUUUCAUAACGGAAAACUUGAUGAAACUAAAACCUAUUCUAUCUUCUAUCGAUCGAAGGCAAAAGAAGGUUUUACAUCGCUUAAGAAGGUAUAUUAUCCAUCUAACAAGUAUAUUCUUCGUAUGUAUAUCAAUGAAGAAAAUGGUUCAUAUGAAUAUGUUGAUUUUGUUAAUGCUGAUAAUGAUGGUUUAGGAUGGUACUUUGAAGGAGGUUUGAAUGUAAUGUAUGGAAAGAAAGAUGAAAACGGUAAAAGAGAAGGAAUCUGUACUUUCUAUAAACUACCGGACAAAAAUGAGUUGGAUUCAAUAUUCAAAGGAAUGCGUGUUGAAUAUGAUGAAAAGACACUGGAAUUGUAUUUGACAAAGAAAGCAACAUACAAGAAUGGUGUUCUCGAAGGUGAUGUGUGCUAUAAUAUGAAUGGAACUAGAAUUGAAAUGGUUAUGAAGAAUGAGAAUGGUUAUGAAGGUAUAAAAUAUGAAAAAGGAAUGACUAUUAUUCAUAAUGAUAAUGCUUGCGUGAAACGAUCAACAACUGAAAUCUAUCGAGGAGGUAUAAUCAUACAUGAAUAUAAUAAUGGUAAAAUGGAAUACAUUUAUGAUGGUCAAGGAGUAGGAGAAAUAUCGAUAAACAAAGAUUCUAGAUGUUGGUUUGAAGGUGAAUGGUGUAACAAUAAGAUGUAUAAAGGCAAGCUUCGAUUUGCUAAAGAUGGUCGUAUAAUCGAAGGUGAAUGGCAAAAUGGCGAGAUUGAUCCACAAUUUGAAUACACAAUCCGAUUGAAUGAAAGAGACUAUAAAAAGAGUACACUAUAUAGAAAUUAUGGAGAACACAACGUGACUGAAUGCAAUAUCGAUGGAAGAGAAUACAAGUUGGAAAAGAGAGAUCGUUUUAUCUAUUGUACAGUGAAAAGUGGCACCGAAUUACUCUACGAAGGAUUUGUGAUGAGUAAAUCAAAUUCAGAACACACGAUGUCGAAUACUGGAAAGGUACCAAAUCGAUUUGUGAAAUGGGAAUAUAUCCCACAUGGAGCAGGCCGAGAAUAUGAAAAUGGGAAAUUGAAAUAUGUAGGUAGUUAUGUGUUUGGAAAACGUGAAGGAAACGGAAAAGAAUACAAAGAAGAUGGAAAAACACGAUUGUUUGAUGGAAAUUGGAGAAAUGACCAAUAUGAGAAUGGAGCUUAUUAUCAAAACGAUUUAAAGAUAGAAUGUAACUUUGGUAAAUUUACACAAGAUCAUAACGUCCCGAUUUAUCUGAAUGCAAUAGUGUCCAAAAAUGGUAUACAAUUGUAUCAAGGCUCGAUACAGAAAGUUGGAAAUGAUAUGAAGCCAGUCGAAGGAACUUGGUACAUAAGUUUCCUUGGUAAUUCUGGGUAUCUUGUGAAAUCAUCUGAGUUGCGAGACAAUAGAAUCCAUAUCAAGAAUACUGUGUUUGAAUACACUGGUUCGAUAAAACUCGAAGAUUUUGAUUUCAGUAUGUCAAUAGAAGGAAAAGGUGAAUUAAUACAUAAAGGAUUUGCAUAUUGUGGUAAAUUUGAAAGUGUUGAAACUAUAAAAGAAUGUACACUAAGUCGAGUCAUGUCCAUUAGUCAGAAAACACCAUUCUUUUAUGGUGAAGUGAAAUGGUUGACGAUAUAA